CAUUAACGUAUAAAUUGAACCUUGCCGAAGUUAUUAGCUCUUCUCCCCUCCAUCCACUUUCAAAUCUUUACAAUUUCAAAGCUCUUUCUUCUUCUUAGAUUCAUCCAUGUGUGGAAUUUUUGGCUACUGCAGUUUCUUGAAGGAAAAGAGCCGCAAGGAGGUUCUAGAGGUCCUUUGCCAAGGUUUAGCUCGCCAGGAAUAUCGUGGUUAUGACUCUGCCGGUCUUGGGGUCGAUGGCGAUAAACCUGGUGAAGUCAUCUUCUUCAAGGAAGUCGGCAAGGUUGCUGGCCUCCGCAAGCAGAUUGCUUCUUCCAAUGUUGAUGUAAACAAGACCUUUGUUUCCCAAGUUUCCAUCGCUCACACUCGUUGGGCGACUCACGGUGUUCCAUCAGUCGCCAACUGCCACCCUCUCCGAUCCGACCCUACUGCCGAAUUCUGUGUCGUUCAUAACGGUAUCGUCACUAACAGUGCCGCGCUUCGUCUCGUACUCCAGAAGAGAGGUUUCACUUUCGAAUCUGAGACAGAUACUGAAGCUGUCGCUAAACUUUUGAAAUACGUCUACGAUUCACAAGCUGACAAGAAGAACUUGACCUUUACCGAUUUGGUGAAGGCCGUUCUCAAGGAACUGGAAGGCUCCUUCGCUUUCGUCUUUAAGUCGACACACUUUCCGAAUGAAAUUGUCACUGCUCGUCGCGGUUCUCCUCUUUUGAUUGGUGUUAAGACGGACAAGAAGCUUAAGGUCGACUUUGUUGAUGUCGAAUUCGCAGGCCAGGAUAGCAAGGAUGUUAAGGCUGACACUCUUCACCCGACUUCUCCCUCCGCUUUGCUGGCGCCCCCAUCUGCCAACCCGAAAGUCCUCCGCACACAAUCUCGAGCUUUCAUGUCCGAGGAUGGCCUUCCUCAACCCAUCGAAUUCUUCGUCGCAUCUGACGCCUCUGCAGUCGUAGAGCAUACCAAGCGGGUCUUGUACCUCGAGGAUAAUGACAUUGCCCACAUUGCUGAUGGUGAAUUGCACAUCCACCGUCUCCGCCGCCAGGACGACCGAGACCAGACCCCUGCCCAAAUUGCUUCUACAAGAACCAUCGAAACCCUUGAGAUCGAAAUAGCGGCCAUCAUGAAAGGCAAAUUCCAUCACUUUAUGCAGAAGGAAAUCUACGAGCAGCCCGAAUCAGUGGUCAAUACUAUGCGUGGUCGUGUCAAUUUUGACACUAAUCAGAUCACGCUGGGUGGUUUGCGCGCGUACCUCCCGAUCAUGCGUCGUGGAAGACGUAUCGUUUUCAUCGCUUGCGGAACAAGUUACCAUUCGUGUAUUGCCACUAGAGCUAUUUUUGAGGAGCUCACAGAAAUUCCUGUCAGCGUUGAGCUCGCGAGCGACUUCCUCGACCGAAAGACUCCGAUCUUUAGGGAUGAUGUCUGUGUGUUUCUGAGUCAGAGUGGUGAGACGGCUGAUACUAUUCUUGCUUUGAGAUACUGCUUGGAGCGUGGUGCCCUUUGCGUUGGUGUCGUCAACACUGUUGGCUCUACGAUCUCCCGGGAGACCCACUGUGGUGUUCACAUCAAUGCUGGGCCUGAAAUCGGUGUUGCUUCUACCAAGGCUUACACUUCUCAAUACAUUGCUCUCCUCAUGAUGGCACUCCAAUUAUCGGAGGAUCGCAUUUCCCUGACUGAGCGUCGUAACCAAAUCAUUGCCGGUCUUCACUCAAUGCCCGCUCAGAUCAAGAAGGUCUUGGAUCUGGACUCUGUGAUUCAGCAAUUCGCUCAGAGCGUGGCGGAUUACAAGAGUCUGUUGUUGAUGGGUAGAGGAUUCCAGUACGCCACCUGUUUGGAGGGUGCUUUGAAGAUCAAGGAAAUCAGUUACAUGCACUCUGAAGGUAUCCUUGCUGGUGAACUAAAACAUGGUCCUCUUGCCCUUAUCGAUGAAAAUAUGCCUGUCAUCAUCAUCAUGACCCAGGACUCCCUCUACCCCAAAGUCCAGUCUGCAUUUAGUCAAAUCACUGCUCGUAAGGCCCAGCCCAUUGUCCUCUGUAACGAGGGCGACGACGGUAUUCCCGCAAAUGCCAAGACCAUCCGCGUACCCAAGACAGUUGAUUGUUUGCAAGGCAUGUUAAACAUUAUCCCGUUGCAGCUGUUGAGCUACCACCUCGCGGUCAACAAGGGCUAUGAUGUUGACUUCCCAAGAAACUUGGCGAAAUCUGUCACCACCGAGUAAACGAAUGAAUGCACCAUAGGUAGUGGAGAUUGUGUAUGAUUCUGAGCGGACUGAAAAUUAUUGUACUUUUACAUAUUUCGACAAGUUUUAAGUAAUGUGGGUCGGAGCUGCCUUGCGGGUACCCGAUAGAGCACGGUUUUUCGUAUAAAUGGACUAUCUUACUGUUUUUGUCUGUACAUACCCUGCAAUGUGAUCUGCUCUCUGAACGUU